AUGGCAGCAGCAACCAGAUGUUUCUCCAAAAUUUCUCUCUGUCUAUUCACAUCUAUUGAUAUAUCUAUGUCUCAAUCUGUUCUUAUCUAUCUAUCUAUCUAUCUAUCUAUCUAUCUAUCUAUCUAUCUAUCUUGUUCUGUUCAUAUCUAUCUAUCUAUCUAUCUAUCUAUCUAUCUAUCUAUCUAUCUUGUUUUGUUCAUAUCUAUCUAUCUAUCUAUCUAUCUUGUUAUGUUCAUAUCUAUCUAUCUAUCUAUCUAUCUUUCUAUCUAUCUAUCUAUCUUGUUAUGUUCAUAUCUAUUUGUCUGUCUGUCUUAUUCUGUUCAUAUCUAUCUAUCUAUCUAUCUAUCUAUCUAUCUUGUUAUGUUCAUAUCUGUCUGUCUGUCUUAUUCUGUUCAUAUCUAUCUAUCUAUCUAUCUAUCUUUCUAUCUAUCUAUCUAUCUUGUUAUGUUCAUAUCUAUUUGUCUGUCUGUCUUAUUCUGUUCAUAUCUAUCUAUCUAUCUAUCUAUCUAUCUUGUUAUGUUCAUAUCUGUCUGUCUGUCUUAUUCUGUUCAUAUCUAUCUAUCUAUCUAUCUAUCUAUCUAUCUAUCUAUCUUGUUAUGUUCAUAUCUGUCUGUCUGUCUUAUUCUGUUCAUAUCUAUCUAUCUAUCUAUCUAUCUAUCUAUCUAUCUAUCUAUCUAUCUAUCUAUCUGUCUAUCUCGGUCUGUUCAUAUCUAUCUAUCUAUCUAUCUAUCUAUCUAUCUAUCUAUCUAUCUAUCUAUCUAUCUUGUUCUGUUCAUAUCUAUCUGUCUUCCUCAUUCACAAGAAAUUCCCUUUGUAGUGUUAGUUUGGAUACAACUUCCAUCUCUCUCUCUCUCUCUCUCUCUCUCUCUCUCUCUCUCUCUCCAUCUGAGUCUGUUCAGAUCUAUCUAUCUAUCUAUCUAUCUAUCUAUCUAUCUAACUGAUAUCUAUCAGCAGCCCCAAGUGUUCUGUCCACCAACUAUCUAUCUAUCUAUCUAUCUAUCUAUCUAUCUAUCUAUCUAUCUAUCUAUCUAUCUAAUUCACUAUCAGUGGCCCCAAGUGUUCUGUCCACUAUCUAUCUAUCUAUCUAUCUAUCUAUCUAGCUAG